AUGUCAGAAACUGAGCUGGAAAAGAUAAAAGUAAGAACAGCUGAACACUUUGAAAAUGACAAAAAUAACAUUUCUUGGCUAAAAGAGGGGCUGAGCUCAAGUUGGGUGAAUGUCCUUGGUGAUCCAGAUACGCAACUCACAAAUGAAAAGCAUGCAGACGAGAAACCUAUUAAUACUAUGGUUAUAAAUUCAGUAUCCGAAUUCAAUAUCACAGAUGGGCCGGCCCAGGAAAGCCCCAUGGAGAAAAACCUGUCAGAGUCCAGCGUAUCACUGUCCUCCCUUGAAGAAUGCCAAACGAGAUUUUCCUACCUCCAAACUGAUACUUCAGUUCAUCAGAGAGACACGGAUGAGGUGUGUGCCUCCCUUAUCCUCACCUGUCUGUUUUGCCAGUUUUGGGAUUGUCUCCUGAUGCUCCCUGAUACCUGCGAAACAGUGUGUACCAACCUGUGCUGCCCUGCGCACUGGUACUACCAUGCCUCAGAUGAAAACCAUCCUCGUGGCGACUGCGCCUGCAACUGUGACAUGGACUGUAGCCUGUUUGAAUCCUGCCAUGAAACUAGUGAGUGCCUGGAGCUGGCCAUGGAGAUCUCAGAAAUCUGUUACCGCUAG